GCAUGCUACGGGCAGCCGAACCCGCUCCGUGUGUGACGUGUAGGACCUCCUUCUCUCAGAUUCAGCAGCAGUCAUGGCGGACUACGAUGAUCGGGCCUACGGCAGCUUCGGUGGCGGCAGAGGGCCCCGUGGCGGUGGCGGCUCCGGAGGCCCCAGGAAGCAGAAGGAGCUGCCUACAGACCCCCCGUUCACAGCGUACGUGGGAAACCUGCCCUUCAACACGGUGCAGGGAGACAUUGACGUUAUCUUCAAAGAGCUCAACAUCCGCAGCGUGCGAUUGGUCAGAGACAAAGAGACAGACAAGUUCAAAGGUUUUUGUUACGUUGAGUUUGAGGAUUUGGAGUCUCUAAAAGAAGCUCUGACGUACGACGGCGCCUUGCUAGGCGAUAGGUCACUGAGGGUAGACAUUGCAGAGGGAAGAAGGCAAGAGCGAGGAGGUGGCGGGUUCGGCUUCAGGAAAGAUGAUGCCAGAGGACGAGGAGGUUCUCGAGGAGCUCCCAGAGGAGGAGGAGGAGGAGGAGGACGGGACUCACGUGAGGACUUCUACGAUCAGCCGGGAGGAGGUUUCAGAGACGAUGACUACAUGGGGGGGAGGAGUCGAGGAGGCAGCAGUCGUCCCAGCGAGAGACGGGGGGCAGGCGGAGGAAUGGGUCGCUUCAGAGAGGGACCUCCACCACGUGGAGGAGGAACAGACUUCAGGGAACCAUCUGAAGAGGAGCGUGCACAGCGGCCUCGCCUGCAGCUGAAGCCCCGGACCGUCUCGGAACCUCUCAACCAGGUCGCCAACCCAAACUCUGCCAUCUUUGGUGGAGCGAAGCCACGAGAAGAGCACUGACUCGUUAACGCAGCCGACUCCUGACCAGAUGGUGGCGCUAACGUGACAUGUCACCAACACAGAAGAAGAAAUUAGAAGUUUUGGUUGUUUUGUUUUUUUUUGGGUCGUUUCAGUGUGGAUCAGAUGCCGACUUCCAUCAAGAAUUCGUUGUAACGUUAUUAAAAAAUGUGCAAAGUCCAAAUUCUGAUUGUCCAAUAAAGCUGGAACUUUGGUUUGUAGCUCCAACUGUAAUGUGUGCUUCUUUGAGUGGACUCUGGUUCUGAGAACAGAACCAGGUGUUCAUGUCGGUGUGGAUCAGGACCAGGUCUGUUGGCUCAGGUGGGAAGUGUUUUUGUUUACCAGGACGUUAAACGUUUUCUUAAACAACCCUUUUGUGUUCUAUUGAUCUGUUGCCCCACUGUUUAUUGCAAUAAAACUGUCAUCAUCCUCCAACACCAA